AUGCCUUCUACGCCCAUUCUUGUGUAUAUUAGUCGAGCAUUGAUUACUGCAGAAUUCAGGGCGAUGGAUAGUGAUGACUUCAAGGAUAGGUAUCUUGCUCCCCUUGAUAGUGCUCUAAGAAAAUCGGACAUUCGGAGCCGACCUUUAGUACAAGAAUAUAAUUACCCAUUGGGAGAUGUGCGUGUGGAACAAGCUAUUCAAAGCUACUUUAAUGAAAUAGCAAUUCCGAUCAGGGACUUUUUCAAGAUUUUGGUGGUAGAGAAAAUGGCUAUGUAUCGUUUAUAA